AAUACAUAUAUAAUACUAAAAAAAGACAUAUAAUCAUGAAUUUUAUGAAUGCAAUGGUGUUGUUUCUACUAAUCAUCACAACUACUACGAUUAGUUCGGUUUGGUGUUCUUCUUCCAACAAUGAUGAGAAGAUUAUCAUGGUUGUAGAAGAACAAACAUCCUAUAUGCAACCAGGAGUGGCUGAGAAGCUAGUUCCACUUGGACGAUUCGUUUCAAAAGAUGGAAAGUCAGUGGCAUUAUCACGACCUCAAGAGAAUUGUGUUGGCCUCAAUGGUGAUCCGUGUGGUAGGCUUCAUCCGUGCUGCGAAGGGCUUUCUUGCGAUGGGUAUUUUAAGGGAAAGUGUAAUCGUAUCUCAAAUUGCCUGCCCCUCGGUUCUACGUGCUUACCACCGCUCCCAACUAUCCCAUCCAGAGAAUGUUGUUAUCCCCGUAGAUGCAAGAAAUUUUUUUCGAAACGGACGUAUUUCAAGGGUGUUUUGUCAAACGAGUCUUGGGAAAAAAAAUUUUAUCAAACAAGUCAAUCCGGUAUUCGAAAUACCGGAUUCAAAUAUCCCGGUCAAAUCCGGUAUUUGAAAUACCGGAUUCAAAAAGGAAAUAUUGAAUCCGGUAUUUCAAAUACCGGACUCAAUGUAUGA